AUGAGGGUGGCUCCAACUGGGCGGGAAUUUGUAAGGGUGCAACACCCCAGACAACCCACCUUUUACGCCCUGCACAAGGUCCACAAGAGUCUUGUGGACCCUCCAGGGAGACCUAUAAUCUCAGGUAAGGGCUCAAUUUCCGAAGGUGUCAGUGAGGUUAUUGACCAAUAUUUGAGACCGCACGUCCUCAACCUACCAUCUUACACCAAAGAUACUAUACAUCUGUUACAGAUGCUUGAAGAUAUGAUGAUACCGACGGACGCCUUUUUGGUUUCCGUCGACGUUGAGACCCUGUACAACAGCAUUCCCCAUCAAUUGGGUUUGAGGGCUGUUGAACAGGUUCUAAAGCAGCGGCCAACUACCGACUGGAAGUUCAACACUUUCAUCCUUACCAUGUUGGAAUUUAUUUUGUAUCAUAACACCUUUCUCUUCCAGGGCUCCCACUACCUCCAGGUACAGGGUGUGGCUAUGGGAACGUGCUGUGCACCUUCCUAUGCCAACCUGUACCUGGGGGAGUGGGAGCGGGAUUUCCUCCUGGGAGAGAAUGCGUCUAUGUGCGCUGCCCAUAUAUUGAUUUGGCAGCGUUACAUAGACGACAUUUUUAUUAUUUGGGACGGACCGGAAAGUGGCCUCAAGGAACUUUUGAGACUUAUGAAUAUUAACAAAUUUAAUUUGUUUUUCACUAUGUCUCAUAACCAAUCGGAAAUCAAUUUUUUGGACAUCAGCAUUAGGAAAAAUCCAGAUGGUAAGAUCAACUCGACUCUCUUUAGGAAAGAGACUGCCGGGAAUACCAUUUUACAUGCUGGCAGUUUUCAUCCCGAACCCCUCAAGAGGUCAAUACCUUUUAGCCAAUUCCUUAGGAUUAGGAGAAACUGUUCUUUGGAAGACGACUUCCAUGAACAGUGUAAUGCGCUCUCCCUCCGUUUAUCCUCUAGGGGGUACACAAAAACUUGUCUCCGGAAGGCAUUCAACAGAGUGAAAGCCUUAGACAGACGCCAACUGAUCUUUAAAACCAAAUCUCGGAAAGUUAGGUCAGAAGAAAAUAACUCAAGAAUUAUCCUGGGAUUCUCAAACGAACACACGAGAAUCCGAAGGAUAAUAACCAAAUUCUGGCCUAUACUUACAGAGGAUCCCAUCCUCCAAAAUCUAAUUUUGGAUAGACCCCAACUUACUUUUAGACGGGCGGAUUCCCUGGGAACCAUGCUGGUUCGGAGCGAAUAUAGGGGUAAUUCCACCAAAGAUCCUUGCAAGACGCAUGGGACUUUCCCAUGCGGACACUGUGCAAGAUGCGAGGUCAUCGGUAGAAGGACCACACUGGCAUUGCCCAACGGGGAGACCUUUGUGCUUAAGCACUAUGCAACUGCACCACACGUGGGGGUAGUUACCUCAUGCAGUGCCAGUGUGGUUCCUUCUACGUUGGCAAGACCAAACAGCCUCUUUUUAAAAGAGUGGAGAAACACAUGCACUCCAUGCGAAUUGAAUACACAUCCCCCUCCGGGAUUGGAUUGGAACAAGGUGCUACUCCAGCACGAAAUGCGCUGGAUUAGACACCUGAAGGCAACAAUCUUUCCAGGACUGAAUGAGAUGGAGUGCUUCAGGCCCUUCUUGGAGGGGUUCAGCUCUGGGAAAACAGACUGA